GAACAAAACAGUGAGAUCUAUACCAAAAGUAGAUUCAUUUUAAUUUCUCUUCCAGUACCAGAGGAAGUUGAUUCCAUUAAGGCAGUGGUUUUGUCCGACACUACCAUCAACAUAUCUUGGAGUGAGCCUCUGGAGCCAAAUGGACCUCUGGAAUCCAUCCGCUAUCAAAUUUCUGUCAAUUUAUUGUCUUUGUUCCCAGAAGCUCCCUUGAGAAAAAGUGAAUUUCCAAAUGGGAUGCUUUCAUGGUCUGUCAGUGAUCUCCAGUCUGGAACAAACAAUUUGUUCAAGGUUCUUGCUUUUCAUCCCAAUGAGAACUGGUUUUCUGAAAGUGUCCCUGUUACUGCAAAAACUUUUGAGUCUCCACUUUCACCUUCCAAAAUAAUCCCCAGAAAUACCAGUUUUCAGCUAGAAUGGAGAGCUCCUCUGCACAUCAAUGGAACCAGCUUCUGGUUUGAGCUGAGUAAGUGGGAAACAAGAAGUGACUGGUUUUCUCCUGCAAGCACUACAUGUACUAUAGGCCCUGUUUACACAUGCAAUCUCACAGGAACUCUUCCUUCUGCCAAUUAUCUUGUAAGAGCAACAGUAGUAUAUAUUACAGGAAUGAAAAGCACUUCCUUUCCAACAAGCUUUAAAACUACAGCUGGUGUUCCUAGUAAGCCGGGGACACCCAAAAGAGCAGAAGACUCUAAAAACUCUGUGCAGUGGGAAAAGGCUGAAGAUAAUGGAAGCAACCUCACCUACUACAUCUUAGAAAGCAGGGAGCAGUCUGGCAACACCAACAAAGUGAAUUCCUUGUGGGUUGUGGUUUACAAUGGUUCUUGUGACAGCAUUUGCACAUGGAAGGCCGAGAACUUAGAAGGAACUUUUCAAUUCAGAGUAGCAGCUGCAAAUAUGCUGGGGCUUGGUGAAUACAGUGACACAAGCAAAGAUAUUGUGUUGGCUAAAGAUACUGUGACCUCUCCAGAUAUCACUGCUAUUGUUGCUGUGAUUGGAGCAGUUGUACUGGGCUUGACUAUGAUCAUACUGUUUGGUUUUGGUAUGUGGGACUAG